AUGAUUGAAAUUCCUCAAAGAGGUAGCCAUGGUGGCCAAGUGGUUUCCUUGAUGUCGGUACCUUCACUAAGCUCUACCUGCGUGGAUGAUGAGAAUACAGGCAGAAGACACGCUCAGAUACUGGAAAUCCCAAAGAACAUAAAGCGGGGCUCUGAUCUCAGAAUGAAUAGGAAGGUGCGCACCACGGUGUGCCUCUUCCUUCUGACAGGAGGAAUUUUGAGUAUCGAGCCAAUAAGUGCUCAAGAAACAUCAAGAUACCCAACAACCUCGACAUUCUCCAGCAGUACAUCGAUAGCAAGUGGGGUAUCACCAUUAAGCUCAUUAGAAUCAUCUAGAUCCACAGCGAAUGGAGCAGAGACGUCUGCAUCUGAACCCAGUUCUGAAUCUUCCACCACUUCAGCAUCUGAACCCAGUAUAAAACCUACCACAACCUCUGUACUUCAGCCCAGUAUGGAGCCUACAUCCAGUUCAAACUCAGAGCCCACCGCUGAAACCACUACCAGGUCUACAUUUGAAUCCAGUGCUCAAUCCACUAUCACGUCAAGAUUUCCAACAAGUGCGGAACUUAUCCCCACUGCAUCAUAUGAUAAUUCCAACCUGACGCGUGCCAUGUUCUUUAAAAUAUUAAACAGGAAUUUUACAGACAAACUUAAUGACUCUUCUUCUGCUGAAUUUAAAGCUCUGGAGGCUGAAAUUGCAAAAACUGUAAGAGAAAUGCUCGAAGCGCACUCAAAAAAUGUAUCAAGCGUGAAAGUUAAACGAUUCAGUAAAGGUUCCGUGAACGUGGAGCUCCUCAUAACGUUUGCCAACAGCUCCACUGCCCCCGACGUCUCCCAACUCAUCCAGCUCCUCGUUCAGGCUUUAAGAAACAGCUCGCUGGGGAACUUCACGCUCGAUCUUCCCAGCAUCUCCGUGGACGGCGUGAAAAUAUUUCCCUAUUCAACCAGCACAGCCCCUCCAACCAGCUUAUCAAUAAACUCCUCGCCGUCUGAAACCAGCACCGUGCAAACUACCGGCUCCCCAUCUGUGACCAGCACCGUGCAAACUACAGACUCUCCAUCUGUAACCAGCACCGUGCAAACUACUGGCUCCCCGUCUGAAACCAGCACCGUGCAAACUACCAGCUCCCCAUCUGAAACCAGCACUCUGUCUACUACUGGCUCUCCAUCUGAAACCAGCACCGUGCAAACUACCAGCUCCCCGUCUGAAACCAGCACUGACCAUACUACCAGCUCCCCACCUGAAAGCAGCGCUGUGGAAACUACCAGCUCCCCAUCUGAAACCAGCACCGAGCAAACUACCAGCUCCUCAUCUGAAACCAGCACAGAGCAAACUACCAGCUCCCCAUCUGAAAUCAGCACCAUGCAUACUGCCAGCUCCCCAUCUGAAUCCAGCACUGGGCAAACUACCAGCUCUCCAUCUGAAACCAGCACUCUGUCUACUACCGGCUCUCCAUCUGAAACCAGCUCCGUGCAAAGUACCAGCUCCCUGUCUGAAACCAGCACUGACCAUACUACCAGCUCCCCACCUGAAAGCAGCGCAGUGGAAACUACCAGCUCCCCAUCUGAAACCAGCACCGUGCAAACUACCGGCUCCCCAUCUGAAGCCAGCCCUGGGCAAACUACCAGCUCCCCGUCUGAAACCAGCACAGUGCAAACUACCAGCUCCCCGUCUGAAACCAGCACCGUGCAAACUGCCAGCUCCCUGUCUGAAACCAGCACCAUGCAUACUGCCAGCUCCCCAUCUGAAUCCAGCACUGUGCAAACUAUCGGCUCUCCAUCAGAAACCACCACCAUGCAUACUGCCAGCUCCCCAUCUGAAUCCAGCACCGUGCAAACUACCAGCUCCCCACCUGAAAGCAGCACUGAAACUAGCCCCACAAUCGCUGCAAGUUCUACACCUGAAACUAGUUCUAUAUCAGCUGCAGUUUCUACACCUGAAGCCGGCUCUGUAUCCCCUCUUGAAUCUACAUCUACCCCUCUAACCAACCCCUCCGCAGCCGAAAUCCAUUCUGCCACCACCAUCCCGGGAACCAGCAUUACAACAGAACUUAUUACUAAUCUUCCAACAACCAAAGAAGAAACCCGAGAGACAACCCCUUCCUCUCCGAUCACCAGUACAUUAUCCUCAACGACUCCAUUCAUAUCCGAGCGACUAACAUGUCCGUUAUUUUUCCGAAUUACUAACAGGACAUUCACAUCGGAUUUUAAUAACCCCACCUCUGCUGCAUACAUUCAACUCAAAUCUCAGAUAGAAAGUGUGGUGAGUAGUCAUGAAUGA